GACGAUCUUUGCUCUCUCGUGUGAGGAGCUCGCUUCCUGUAGUGUGUGAGUGAAUUCAUCCUGGCAUCUAGGAGCAGCCAUGGCGUCAGGCCUGCCCGGUGUUGUUCUCUUGGCCUUACUAUGUGCCACACUGGUUGCCUUUGUAUCAGCUGAUAGUAAACACUGUCUGGCCUACACGGACUCAGAUGGCCAGUAUCAUCCAUAUGAGCGAUGUUACGAAGGUUUUUGCUGUGGUACCUGCGACUCCAAAAGAUGCUGCAGGAAUAGUGUGUUUCGCUUGACAGAGGAUAGUCAAGAAGAAUGUGUUUACCAUCCACUCCUGGAAACCUCCUCGGUGUUGGGGUCCGUGAUUGGCGUCGUUGUCCUUGUGGUGGUGGUGCUCAUCAGCUGCUGCGUGUGUCCCUGCUGUUGCCUUUACAAGAUUUGCCGCAAGCCACGCCCGGUAAUUGCAACCACCACUCACACCACCGUUGUGACAGGCACUCCUCAGCAUUACCCCCAGCAACCAGUGAUGACAGCACAGCCCUAUCAAGGGGGUUCAUAUCCAGCCUACCAGCCGGUACCAGCACAGCCCGGAUACGGAGGCCAGCCUAUCCCUCCUCAGGGUUAUCCACCUCAGCCCAUGCCUGCUAUGCCUCACCCAGUCCAGCCUUUUACACCUGGACCACCGCCAACAUAUCAGGAAGCUACCGGCCCGGCCUACCCUCCCAACCCGAUGCCUUACAGCCAGGCUGCAUUCACCCCCGGACAGCCAUCCUAUCCCAUGCAGCCGCCGAUGCAGCAGCCUGCCGUACAGCCCCCUGUGCAGCCACAGGCCAACGCACCUGCAGCACAAGUAGACUAUUUGGCUCAGCCGGCGUACAACCCUGAUUUUGUCUCCCCGCCACCCAAGAUGGGAUAACUGCAGCUUCGAAUGUCUUGCAGCAUCUUCAAAGGAAUUUACACUUUUUUAAAUUUAUCGUGCUUCAUCCACGUAGGCCAUUUCUAUAUACACACAUGCACAAAAUGAUUGUGCAUGCCAUUUUGGUGAGAUGAUUGCCUUGCAGAUCUCAGGAAGCAUGUCCCAUUUUUUUUUUUUUAAAUCACCUGCCAAAAAUCCUUACCGUGUGAGCUAGUACAUUUUAAACUAGCUUGACCACCUUUAUCCACGUUUGAAUAUUUCAAUGUUGUAAUUGGUCAUACGUUCUCGAAGUGUUAUCCUGUGCUGUCGUUGUUAUCGCCAUUUGGCCUUGUUUCUGCCACCUGCUCCUGCUUGCCAGUAACUAUUACAAUGUGUAAUCAGUGAUAAAGGUGUCACUUUUUGUGUGUGAUUGGUAUAUUAUGUUACUACGGCAGAUACCAUUUGGCCUCGGUACUCUGGGGGUUUUCAAAGUGUGAGCGUGAGACUCCUUUGACAGGAAAAAAUGGCGGAGGCCACCCUAAAUUCACAAAUACACACUCUUAAUUUCAUUCCAAGUAUUUUUUUUUUUAUCGUAACCUUCUUGAAAUAAUUGCUACAGUCAUUUUUUCCAGAAUAAUUGUAAUUGUUUUUACUGUAAAUAUCAAAAUUCAAUAAGUGUUGGUUAUUUGUUUCCUUGAAAGCUGACAAAAUGACUUGACUGAUGAUUAUUUUAAGAAUGAGUCGUUUUUAGGGGUGUAAAUUACCAAAUCCAUGACAAUACGAUACAACAUUGAGUCUUUGGACAAUACGAAAUUUGCCACAUUUUACCUAAAGCCAAAAAUACAGAGCAAUUUUUACAUUAUUUGAGACAUUGGAAUGUAACCAAAUUGGCAUAUCUAAACAAAGACGUUGAUUGCUUUUCUGUUAUGAUAACUUUUUGAUUGGAAUGCACUUCAAUUGGUAUAUCCAUAAAGAUCGUUGUAUUGUUACACCCCUAUUUUUUUUUUGGUGCUGUACUUUUGUGUAAGGGAUAGUGUAAAAAAAGUGUGAUGCCAAACAAGAUGUUGGAUAGUAGCGACCUUACAUUUAAUAACUAAUAAUUUAGCAGUUUAAAAAUAUGUUAAGGCAUUUCAAAUCAACAUUUCUCCAUUUUUUUUAAUGGGAUAUUGAUUGAACCUGUUCACCAGCAGAUAAAUUCCACUUUGAAAACCACCACAAGCUUAGUGUCGUGUUUGAUUCGUGGUGGAGGACGGGUGGGGUUGUUUUUCGACAGUGUUGAUGGGAAAUAUUUGUAAUGGAGUGAUGACCUCCCUGGGGAAAAAAGGGAAUGUUCAUUACGUCCAUGUUAUCGUUUGAAACCUGCGGAUAUUUUUGUUGUUACAACUGAAUGCAAAUGUACCUGCAAUGCAAUUUUGGUAGCAAAAUAACCAAAGUUUCUUUUGCCUGUUUUACUGAUGCUUGCAACUGCUGUGCCUUUAUAACCACAUUACAGUGAAAAAAACAUUAAGAGGCUAUAGUAUUAGGUAUAUUGAUAAGGUCAAUAUGAAAUGCCCAACCUGUUGUUACUAAUAGUCCGGAAUAAUUGCAUCUUUCCUGUACGCUGUACCGAAUUGCCUCAUUUACAGGUAUUUCCUUUUACUUGAAAUGCCUUUUGCUCAAGUGACCUUCUCUCACUAACCCAGCAGAGCCUUUGUUAGAUUCCGACAUAAUGCAAAUACUGCACAACUGUCAACUUCCUUCUUUUUAUUUAGAUGUUUAUAUAUGUUCCCUGUUAAAUCAUUGUGUGAUUUAUGUCAUGCAUACAGAUAGCUGGAGUUUCUUCCUGUUAAGUGUGACCACAUGUCAGAAAGUUAGAAAUCUGCUUUGUAUGCAUGCAUGUAUUAUGUGAAGAAAGUUUAUGUGAGCAACCAGCAUUUUGCUUUUAUUAAUACAGUAUCUCUCCUAUC